AUGCUCCAGGCCCGACGUCUUGCCCGAACCAAGUGGCGGGACCGGCUAGCCGGUUCCGCCGGGCACAGGGCGGUCGAGGCUGUGCUGGCCAGCUGGGAUAGCUGGCUGGACCGUGUUCACGGUAGGCACACCUACCGACUGAUGCAGGUGCUCUCCGGACACGGGUGUUUCGGGAAGUAUCUGUGUCGAAUAGGUCAGGAGGCGACGGCGCAUUGCCAUCAUUGCGAUGCGGAGCGGGACACGGCGCAACACACCCUCGAGGUGUGUCCCGCCUGGGAGGGGAAGCGCUAUGUCCUGCUCCAAGUAAUCGGUGGGGACCUCUCGUUGCCGGCCGUCGUCGGCGCGAUGGCCCGCGACGAGAUGUCACGGGAGGCGGUGGCCUCCUUCUGCGAGCAGGUGAUGCUGAAGAAGGAGGCUGCGGAGCGGGAUCGGGAGAUGGCCGAUCCCGCCCGCCAAGGGGUGGCGGGGCGGUGGCGCUGUCCGGGAGUGACAGGUCUUCCGCCGCCUCUUGGAUAG